ACCAGCAGUGGCUUAUAAAUGAGAAUAAACGACUGGCUGCCCUUCAGCAACAGCAGAGGGAGUUUGCAGUGCAAACAGAGUCUACACUGUAUGCAGAGGCUGAGGUGCAGAGUACCAUUGGGCUGGAAAUCUGCCCUUCCCUGCUACAGCAGAAGAAGAAGAGAUUGGUGCAGCUGGAGCUCUUGCAGAGAUAUUCCUUAAAAAAGGCAGAAAGAAACAUAAGGCAGAAAAAGGUCAAAUUCCAGCUGGAAAGGAUAGUUAAGAAGCAGAAAUUAUUGGAAGCCAAGCAAAACCUAGAGCAGCUGGAAGCUAACUGCUGGCUCAAUGAAGAGUGUGUGAAACAAUCCCAAGUACUAAAAAAAAAUACUGCUGUACAGUCCUCUUUGGAUCACCUGUUGCAAAAGAGAAGGAAGUCAUUGGGUUCGAGUUCCUUGCAGCACGUACAGCAUUCAUUCUGUAACCCGCAUCUGCCCCAGGUACCCAGCUGUUUGUUGAAGAGGGAGACUGUCUCAAAGUUAUCUACCUCACCAAAUAUUGAUCAGUGCUCUGAAGGCUGUACAACAGGGAGGUUGUCAUCUGUAAAAUAUCUUUAUGGAAAAGUUAAAGAUGUUUCUAGGAGUGAAGACCUUAAUGAUGAAAAACGGAUCUCCUUUUCAGUCCAGAGGCAGCUAACUGAAAAACAAAGACCAUUUUCAUUUGGAAAUAAAAAAGGAGCAGAAAAAGACUCUAGUGAUUCAGCUAUCAUGGCUUGUAUCAAUAAAAAUGAUCAAAAAAUUGCAAAGUUGGAUGACAGCCCAAGGCAAGCUGGAUCUGAAAACCAGACCUCUCAAGGGGCCUCUCCUGAUCUUUUUAAGCAGAAAGAUGAGCCUGAAACCUUUAUUACAGGGACAAGAAUGACAAAAGCAAAGGUGCUAAGAGAUAUAAGUCAGCCUGCAAGUAGCAAUCUAGAACAAAAUAGAGCUCAGGUAUCCAAUAAAAAGAGUAGAAUGGAUAUCAAUAGAAAAGGCCACAGCUCUUCUCCAGAAAACUUUCCUGAAGAAAUGAAGAAAACAGUGUAUGGAAACCCACCACCAGCACUUCUAAACCAAACAGACAAGAACUGGGAGAGAGAACCAAAUUCAGCCGUGCCAAGUCAUGAGAAAUCAUCAGUGGAACACCAAGAACUUCUGAUGGUGGCGACAUCAGUUGGAAAUCUUGCUAAGAUGAACACACAGGCACCUCUCUCUUACAUUGGAAAGAAGUGGCACAGUGCUGAGAUGCUAAGUGCUGGAGUGUCCAAAACAGCCACAGAUGUGCUGGGGAACUGUCAAGAGGAUGAUGAAAACGAGAUUUCUGAUACUGACAGUUCUUACUCUGUAGAUUCUCUCUCCUGCGCUUAUGCAAAAGCUUUCACAGAGAAACUGAAACAAGAAGAUUUUGACAGAACUAAAUGUCUUGCCAACCCAGAAGAUUCUGAGAGCGAUGACAGUCAAAUGUCACAAGACUCUCUAAUAGAAAAGGAAAAUAAAGCCAAAAAGCAAAAUAAAAGCCGAUUUCACAAGUCAAAGGCCCACCAUGAGCCUGCUAAGCUUUACAAAAGCAGAACUGAUCACCAUAUUUCAUCUUUGGUGACAUCAUACGCAUCUCGUAGGAGACUGGGAAAGCCUGAAAGAAGCUUUUCUCUGGACAGCUUAGCUGAUGGAGAAGAGAUGCCAGCAGAAGAUCUGGUAGAAGAAUCCAAAUCUGAUUCAUCUGAUGAAGUGCCAGCAGAGAUCUUUUGGAAGUUACAAACUCCUAGAUUACCAGCUAUCCAGACUGAGGAAGGCCAUGAACCCAAGAUCUGCAACAGAGAUACAGAAGGGACAGAUUAUGAUCUGAAGCUGAGCAGUUCCUUUUAUUUGGACACUGAACAACAGCCUGCUUCCCAUAAUGCUGGCAAGCAGUUCCUGAGAGGGACAAAAGUCUCUUUUGUAGAACAAGAAAGGUGUCUUGAUAGAAGACUGUAUUACACAAGUGGAAAUCCUUUGCUUACUACUGAUGCUUCGUCGUCCUGUGACAUCAGCAGCCCCAGAAUAACAGCACCUUCUUCCCAUGAAAAUCUGCAAUUUCAAGAAGCUCGCCUGUGCUCUUUGAGCGAACGAGAGCUCUGGCUGAAGAAAGAUGAUCUAAAGCAGUCAGCUGCUGAAGUUUCUUUUGUUUCUGGAUCUAAGCAGAUACACAGCAUUUCACAUUUGUCACAUCGUAUAAACGAAAGAAACACAGGUUUCUCCUCUGACACAUCAGAAGCACCUUUACCUGAAACAACAACAACUGCAAGCAGAGUUUCUGAGAGUGGAUCAUUAAAUAAGAGUCUUAAGGGAUGGACAAACUCUAGUGAAAUUUCUUCCUUGGAAUCUCAAGAUGUAAUGUCCUCAUUUGUUAGCUCAGUAGGACCAAGCUCCUCUCUUGUUCCUCUUUCAGCAAAGCAUGAUUAUUAUUAUGAACAUUCGAGGUCAAAUCAUCCUGAACAAGACCAACUGAAUGAAUUAUCUCCUUACAGGUCUACCACUGAAUGCACACAAGCAUUCAGCUGUUUGGAAAGCACCUCCGCUACAGACUGCUUGUCACUGGUAUCUAGGAAAGAGGAGGAUUCUCUCCCCACAACUCAUCCAGAGCUGCCAAAAGAUCACAGUCUGAAAAAAAUGCCUUUUAUUUCUGCAUUGCCUGUGCCCAUUUCGGAACAGAGAAAUGGCUGUGUAGAUGCAGAUUUAGAAGAUGAUUUCUUCAGAACUUUUGAAAAAGGUGACCUAGAUGAUGAUGGCUACAGUAACUUGAUGACAAAAUCAAGUGUAACAGAUUCAGGCAGUGGAAGUGCAUCUGUCAGUGCUCCUGCUGCUGAAUCUUCUAUAGGACUUGCUCAUAAUGUGGCCACAACACAGACAUCUGCAGUAAAACAAGUCCAAUUUGGAAACCAUGGGCAGCUUUUUCCAAGAAGGGAAAUACCAACGUGUUGUGAUGAAGGUUUCUUUCUCAGUGACCUAACAAAUAAGAACUGCUCUCUACUAAGCAGUCACGAGCUUCAGACAUUGGCUGGACAAGGAGGAGAAUCAGCUGUUACAAUAGGUCUCCUCACAUCUGGGGAGAGUAAUUUGGAAACAAUGCAAGAAAUGGAUUAUGAACAAAUAUCUACAGAAGAAAUAACAACAGAGACAGAUUUUUCCUCACAGGAGACAACAUAUCGAUGUAACCCUUUAGUUGUUCACAGUGCAAGUUGCAACCAAUCUGCAACACCAAUAGAGGUAUCUCAAAAAGAGAUUAUCUGUAUGGAAACAAGCACAGAUAGCUUGGCAGAGAUUGGGCCAGAUCUGUCUUCAUUCAGCGAUAAUGAAGAAUAUGAACCAAAGGAUGAAGACUUGUCUUCACUGAAUCAUUAUGAAUUCAAAAGCAAACCUGUUUAUUCCCAUGAAUGUGCUCUCGCAGACAGACAGCCAAGUUACUUAUCCCAACAAAUUUCAGAAAAUUCCACAUUAUGCACUGAUAAUAUAAGAGAAGAAAGCAGUGAAAGGAGAGAACACAAUGUCUUGAAUUCUCAGGCUGUAGUUCGGAAAGAAUUUUCAUCCCAAUAUGAAAACUUAGUAGUAAAUGAAGUCAGUUAUCUCGUAGUGAAUGUAAAUGGGACAGACACUGAGUCCUUCCCUGCUGCUAUUUGUGAGAGUACAAAUCAUUUUCCCCCAGAAUCCAAUUCAAGCAUAUUUUACCAAGCUUCAACAAAAGCUAAUCUUUUUCAAAGUGCAUCUGAGACUGAAAAUUAUGAUAAACUAUUGGAGCAUGUCACAGCAGUGAAAGGAGAUUGUGAUGGUACCUCUAAUCUUACUGUGGAAGUCAGUGGCACAGAAGGUUGUUCUGAGGCACAUCCUGGCUGCCUUUGCACAACAUGCUCUUCAAAAUCAACAGGGCAGAAAAACAGUACUCAUAAGACAACUGACAUUUCUGUGGAAUUUGAGGCAACCAUCCUCUUGGAAACAGAAACACAGAACAAAUCUUUACUUGAAUCAAGAGAAGAGAAAAAAGUCUCUUUUGAAAGUGAUAUCUUGCUUGUUGAAGAUGAUGUAAAUUCAGAGUUGGGAAGAGGAUUUGAAUACAACACAAAUAUAUCAGCUACUGUUUCUCAAGAGAAGAGUCCAUAUAUAAAUAAAGAAUCCAAGUUUUUAAGAAACCCAGAAACUGAUCCAGAAGAAACUAUGGUUCCUUGUCAGAAUAUGAAAGCAAACACUGAUGAAGAAGUAACAAAAUUGAUCAAUAGUGCAAUCAACUUAGAAAAAAAUGCAUUGGAAAUUAAAUCCAGACAGAUUGAAAGUUUACAUGACUACCCAGUAGCCAAAGCCCAAAGUGUAACUGAAGACAAGAGUGGAGAGGAUUUUAAAGGCGUUAGUCUAUCUCAGAAUCCAAAGAAACGUAUUGAUAUUGCAGCUGGUGAAGUUCCACAUGAGUUUUAUACAAAUCUGUGCCUGACACGUGAAGAGGCAGAGAAAGAUGAACCACAAGUAGCCAGCACCAGGGUAGAACACAGUCAGGAAUCAAAAGCACUUGGAUGUUCUGGCAGCCAGCUUGAGACAAGCAGCUUUUGCCAAAAAGAAAAAAGUGAGAAAAUAGAAAUAGGUAUUUAUUCACCAGAGUUUUCUGUUGCUCCCAAAAGCAGUCCUUCAGCUGCGUGCUCCCACACUACAGGUUUUACUCAGAAUACUUCAGUCGUCCUUGAUGCUUGUGAGGGACUUUUACAGAUUAAUAGAACAACAGAAACUACGUUUAAUACAGAGGAUGUAGCUGCCACGGUACUAGUCACAGGUAGGCAAGGAAAUAUUUUAGCAAAACCUGAAAAUGAAGGACAAGUAGCGUCUAGCAGUUUAAUUGAACGUUGUGUAACAAACUGUUUGCCCCAGGAAGACAAGGUUAAUGAAUGUGAAGUGACUGGGAGUGAAGAAAAAAUUAUCAUGACAAAUACUGAGGGGCGGAGUAUUGCGAGGCAAGAAAUCAUAUGCACAGGUAAAAAUGUUUUAUUUACUGAAGAGACUCCAGCUGCACAUCGGAUGUAUUGUGAUAGAGGUGACGAAGAGGAAACUUUAAAUCCGUUUAAGAUCCCUGAAAGAUACCUUAUAGCUUCAGAACUAGAACAGAAUAUACUGUUAGAUGAUGAUUCAAGAUAUCAUGAUCCUACUGAAAUGAGUGAGGAUGGUGGCUCAGUGGACUCUGUUACAGAUAGAAGAAAUGCAGUCAUGAAAGAUAUUGAUGCAUGUGAGUAUUCAGUUGAUGAUAGUACUGGUAUUGACCAAUAUAGAAUUGAGCAAGAAUUUAAGAGUCUCCACUUUAAAGAGGAUAGCCAUGCAUAUUUGAGUUGCUCUAUGCAAUAUCUUGAGCAUAGCACUUCAGAAAACUCGAACAGAAGUAUCGUUAGAAGAAGACCUGAUAUUUGUGAAUCGGAUCCAGUAGGCUCCAGAGUUGAGGAGGAGAAAGUGCAUUUGAUGAAUCCAGAACAAAUGGCCAAAACAGACGAAGAAAAGGGCAUGUUUCUAGAAAACACGGAGGAGGUGGAACUGAUCUUUUUACAAAACCUGAAUGAAGUAUUCCCUGAAAACAAAGACAGCUGCCAAAUGACAGGUGAUGACAGCAGAUCAAAUGAAAUCUUAAGAGAAAGACAGUGGGUGUCUACCAGCUUUUCUACAAAUAAUGAAGAUAUCAGCAAGCAACAAAAUCUAACAGCAACACUGAAGUCUCCUGAAAAAACCCAAGAAGGUUCACUUAAAGACUCCCUAUGCCAGUCUGUAAAUCACCUUUUAUAUCUUGGAGCAAGUGAUGAUUCCCAUCUUGUUCAAGAUGUUCCCACUGCAUUGGAAGGACACACAAAACCGUCUAACAGCAGCGUUGGAACUGGAGCUGUCCUGCCUUACUAUGAAACAUUAAUGGAGAGUGAGGUCUGUGUUGGUAUGCCUGUUUCUGUCAGAGAAGACAAAUAUCUUUCUGAUAUAAUGCAAAGUAAGAAUGUAGCUUUUCAGCAAACCAGGACCAGAGAGGAGGAAGAAUCCUUUGUAUUUAACAAUGACGUAUCUGGGCAACCUGUCAAUGAGAAGAACAGCUCUUCUACUCCCGACAGUGCAGGUGGUCCUGACUCCGAAGCUGUUGCGCUUCAGCAAGGGGCAGAAGGAAAUUCAUUUUCUGUGGAAAAAUUAGAUCCUUCUGAAGAUAUAAUUCAGGAUGCUAACAAUGCUCAGGAAGAACACCAUGUGGAUUUAAUAGGUAGUGAACUAUCAAAAGACUGCCUCAAUUCCAUAGAAGGUACAGUGCAAGAGGAAAAGGGUACCAUUGUGCCAGAUUCAAAUCUGCUUUCUUCUUCAGAGAAAGAAGUGGUGGAAGAUACAUGGGGGGGGAAAAUUAAUUCUUUACCACAAAUCUCUUCUCAAAAAAUGCUUCACUAUGUUAAUACAGCUCAGAAAGUACUUCACUCAGGGAGUUUAUCACAGCACAAUGAGAAGGAGAAAUUUUUAAGCGCAGGCUAUACUACUGCAAAUAGUAAAAAUGAAAAUGCAGAGUUUCCUGAUGUAGUCAGAUAUCAGCCUGAGCCCAGAGAAAAUCAGGGACAUGGGACUCCUGAAGAGUGCUACGUGGACCAACCAGGCAGCAGGGUUUCUGAGAAUGCCUCCACCCUUUCAGAAGAGUUUCUAAAUUAUAAUAGGAACUCAGGCACUUCUGAAUGUUCUUCUGGUCUCCUGAAUCAUCCAGCAUCAUCUGCAGAUGUUUUGAUUGCCAGCAAUGGAGACAAAGGUAAAAUCAAUGCGGUUCUCUCUGGAGAAACUAAAUACUUUGAAAGUGAAUCAACAGAUUUAAGUGUAACUUUUCCUGAUGUUUCUCAAAAAGGAGAUGAAAAGAAAAAUAAUUCUGCAGUUGCAGAGGCCACAUAUACUCAGAAUAAUAAACUCCCUGAAAAAGUUGUGGGAACAGAUCAAAAGGGGAAAAUAAUUCAAGAUUCUUUCCAGAACUGCAAUGACAUAAAAGAAAAUAAAAUCAAUGAGUACUCAGAACACAACAGUAACACUUCUAGGGUGACUGCGCCAGAAUCAGGCUUGCGUACUUUUCAGAGCCAAGGACAGACUGGCAGUAAAGAAUCAAAGUGUCUUCCAUCCAACUUUGCGGAAGAUACUCCAACUGAUACACCGUUUCAAAGCUCCAAGAACUUCAGUGCUUUUGACACUUCUUGUUUAUGUGAUGUCUCACAAUCUGUAAUAUUUAGUCAGCUUGAGGACUCACUUCAAGACACUGUUUUGACUGAGCAAGUAUCCUCCAGUUCUGGAGAUGUGUGCCCUGUAAAAGGAGGAGAUUUUCCCCAAGCCUUUUCAAGUGUCAGUCACCCAUCCUUAACGCCAUUUUCAGAAUCUUCUUCAACUGCACAUACAGGUCAUGGUGAAACUGGCACGUAUGAUAUUUCACAUACAAGUGCAUUGAAACAUUCUCCAUUUGCUGUUUCGCAAAUACAGGACACUCAGUCUGAUAAGGCUGUGGUAUUCGACGAGCCGAUACAUGCUUCAGGGAGUAUUUUACUUUCUCUUGCAAAAGAAAACAGGCAUUGUCCAGUAUCAGACACAGACUCUACUUCAUAUAAAAAUUCUGCUGUAGGCAGGGAACCUGUAUAUGGAAGUAAUUGUAAAAAAUUUGACAAUGAUAUAAAAGUUGAUCAGCACCAUUGGGGUAAAGCUCCACCACAAGAAGCUUGCACAGAACACACAGAGAAAGUACUAGGUGAUGAUGAUUCUCUUUUAUUACCAUCAUUACCUUUUUGGGAUACUGGAAGGGCAAUUCUUGUUAAAGAGGGAAAAAUAUUUAACAGAAAUGAGGAAGAACUGCAUUCAAAUAUUGAGGCUGAACAUUUUGCAAUAAAGACAGAGCAGAGAAAAAUAUUAAGUAGAGAAGCUGCUGAAAGGCAAACUAACGUAUCCUCAAAUUCUGCAAGUGAAUUAAUAGGCCCAGAAGUUACAGUGCUGGAAAAUCUGUAUCCAGGAGAUGUUGAUGUAGAUCCUGAACACACCUGCAGUUCAUUCAGCCCAGCGUACCGCACAUACAGCAGAAGCGCUCAUCCCAGGCGACUGUAUCCCACUGUCUUGGGUUUUGAAAAAAAACCUGCAGAUCUGCAAGACAGUUGUCAGUAUGUGCCUACAGGUGAACAGGAAGAACAAAUUCCAGAUGGAACAAAUACAGAUGUUAGAAAAGAGAUUUUAAUUUGCAAAAACAGUAGAGGCUCAAGUGUUGAUAGCCCUGCUGCUGACGCUGAUGCAGACACUUGUCCAGCAAUGGGAGAUGCUGUAAUGAGGAAUAAGACUCUGAAAUCAGAAAGACUAAACUUUUCUGUGAGGAAUAAUGAAAGUAUAUCCUCGAAGUUUUUAGCAGAAAACUAUGCUUUGCCUCCUCAAGAAUUCAAAUCGGUGCAAUUCAGGAGCAAAAGAUCAUAUUCUACUACACGGAAUACAAGGAGCUGUACACAAAGUGAACAGAGGCCUUAUUUACAAAGUCACAGACUGUCAGCACCAGCUAUUGCUGUGUUCUCUGAUCCAGAAUAUACUUUGGAAGCUUCAUCUAAGGUAGAUCCUUUGUUAUAUUCCACAUCAAAAUCACUGCAAGAUUUAAAUAUGAGUGUAGAGCCUCCAUCACCAACUGAUGAUGAUCUUCAUGGAAUUGAAAGAUUUUCAAAGCAGGAAUCGAAGAACUUUCUGCAGGUUAAAUCUAAACCCAGAUUUCAGCAGCGAACGGCACAAACUAAGAAGCUUGCAAACUGUGAUCUGAAAAAUCUACAAAAUUUUGCAGCAAGAACCCAAAGCAGGCAGUCUUCAAAAGACUGUACUACUCAUUCUCCAUCAUCUUUACUGCACACAGCUUCCAGUUCUGUGGGCACAGAAGAAAAUAUCCAUUCAAAGAGUAGUUCUGUAGCUCAGUGCAGCGAAGGGAAAGUUGAAGAAGCUGGAUACCAACCAGGAGCAGAUUCAUUUUUGCAGGACAAUAAAGAUGCAAUACAUUUUAGUUCAAGUGAUAUCAACCCAUAUAUUCAUCUGUGGCAACAAGAUGGAUCAGGCAAGAUUGGCUGGAAACAAUAUGUAUUUGGCAGUGCAAGUGACGUCUCUUCCAAUCAAAUUCCUUUAAGCCCGGAUAAUCGUAAAGUUAUGAGAUGUUCCAGUGUAGACAAUGGAUUGAAUUCUCAGAUUUCUCCUUUUCAUUCUCAUCUCAGUUCGUAUGCUACAGCAAAGGUUUUAUCGAGCACUUUAAGCAGCAUUGAAGGUCUUCAAGGAUGGGACAAUGUCAGGCAAGGCUUUCAAUCUGCAUACUCCAGUGACAGCACCAAGCAGUAUAGCAACAUAUCCAGUGAAACACUGGAAACUAAUCCAGAAAAUAACACUGCUGAAUUUGAGAGUCCUUCUGCACAACCUGGUAACUCUUCAAUGCAGGUUGAUGAAAUUGUACUGUUAUAUCCUUCCGAGUCAGAAAGGCCUUCCAAAAAACUACCAGGGACUACAUGUGAGCAGGGAACACAAACAGCAGCUACGGGGAGGUAUAAAAGGCAGAGAAGACAUCAGAGAAGCUAUACAGAUGUUUCUGCAAGAAAGCAGGAAACAAACAGAGAUUUAUUUCAGCAGCCUUCUUCUUGGACAAGCAUGCAGAACCUGUCCAUGCAUCUGUCACAGCUGCUUCAGAACACUUCUGAGCUGUUAGGAAAUCUCUCCCAACAGACUGUUAGAGAUACUGAGCAGAAUGUCAGAAUCAACCAAAGAGGAACUGAAGAGGCUGUGAAGGCUACUAGAUCAGAUAGCUGCACUCAGACUACAGCAGAUGUAGGCACUCAAACUGAGAUUCUGGAAGAACCUCAAAGCAAACACGCAGAAAAACAAGUGGAGGCAAAAAUGGAAAAUGAAUUGAGGGCAGCUGCAGCAGUAACCAUUGAUGGGAAAGGAAUAGCUACAGAUUCAGUAGGUAAAAUUCCCAAAAGGAAAGAGGAAAGACUCUCUCUCGCAGAAAGAACACAAGAACGAACAGGGGUGAGAAAUCCGGGCAAUCCUGACUUCCAUGACAGUCUUGACAGCAUUUUGGAAGACUCCUUUAUGCGUCUGCCUCUCUUACCCAGAGCCUCCACUCCCAUCUUUGAUUUUCAAAAAACAUCGUUCAGUGGACAGCAGAAUGUUGCUUUUGCUAGUACCAGAGUUUCAUCUCUCACAUCAUCCUCACUGAGUUCAGGGCAAGAUGGUUCUUUGUGUACUGUAGUCAGCAGCCCUACCAAUGGCACCUCUCAAUCUCCAGCGUCUUACGCUGAGGAUAAAAGAAUUGUCAAUGAACUAGAGGUUCCAGCAGAAAGAAAACCGUGUUACAAAACCACCUUGCUAGUUGACAGGGCCUCUUCGCCUAUUCUUACUCUUAGUGCUAGUCCCAACAGCCACACAGCUUUUGGCAAGUCUGUCUCCUCCAUUAAGGAACCUUUUGGAUAUUCUGGUGAUGUUCCAAGUCCCCUUCACAACCAGAGAAGGCAGAGGGCAGGUCCACAGUCUGGCAUGCAACCUCACAUAGACAAUUUUUCACAGACGGAAACAGGCAGUGAAUGUAGCGUUUCUAGAGACAACAAGGGCAUAAGAACAAAUGGGGGUUUCUUAGGUAAGAAGGCAGCCAAAGAGCUUUUAGAAAAGGAUGGUUCAAAAGAGUUGGAACAGCAGCACAGACUCAGGGCUGACACCCACACUACCAUCUGUGCAAAACGACUGUACCACUCAAGUAGUAUGUUGGAGGUGUCUGGCCACAGGGAGGUUUUAACAGGUGAUCUCAGAGACUGCAGUCCACUGGCCCAUUCUCUUCGUUGUAUGUACGUUACAAGGGGAGGAAGGGGUUCUUCACCUGGAAUCGGACCUGCAAAAUAUGUUGGUAAUUCUGAUACUGCCUUGAUUCAUAACUGCUCACCUCCAAAUGCUGACUUACUUUUUAAUCAAAAAAUUAGUGCCACUUGUUCAAGUAAGACAAAUGCUGGCACAUCCUCAGAACCGCUGGUAGAAGCAUCUUCUCUACAGUUUCAUGAUUUCUCCUGGAAAAAUGAAAACAGCUGCCCUCUGCCCCUGUCUGAUGUGAGCGAUGCACAAACUUCCUUCCAAGAUGAGAAUACAAAUUCCGUCACGGAAAGUGAAUGUGACACUGAAAUUCUUCUCAACAAAAAUAUUACUUUUGCAAAGCCUUACAGGCAUCGGAGCUACAGUCUCCGUGACUUACCCAUACACAACAAAUUUAGCAACUGGUGUGGUGUUAAGGGCAGCCCUUCUCCUUCAUUACUCAGCUUGAGUGGCAGUGUGACUGAUUUACAAAGUCAGGCAGAAAAGAAACCUGGAAGCACACGAGCAACAGAAAUGGAAGGGAAUUCCCAGCUUUGUGACAGCAGGAGCAGAGAGAUCGAGAGGCUGCAGAGAGAGCGUGCUCAGGUUAUGGCUGGCAUUCAUCUGGAUCUGCAUCAGCAGCCCCUCACCGUGGAGCUGGCCGAAGCAAAGCUGAAUUAUGGCAUCGGGGAGACAGACGCCCUGCUGAGGGUCCUUCAGAGUGGAACAGACGAUGACCUGGUGACGACUCCACUGAAGCAGCAACUUUAUGAAAGACACAUGAGGACUAUUGAAACCCUGAGGAAGGAAAGAGAAAAACGGCUGCAAAGGUACCAAAGAAGCCGAAGUCUGAGUCCACAAAAGCAUUUGAGUCUGUUGCAGACGCUGGAUGCAAGUCAGAGGGAUCUAGAUCUCCCCAGUAGACGCCAAGAAUAUCUGCAACAACUUAGAAGAGAUGUGGUGGAAAAUACCAGAGUUCAAGAACCAAAAAGAAGCAGCAUUCAGCAUCCUUCAGACAUUGAACUGUUGCUCCGAGACUACCAGAGGGCACGAGAGGAAACCAAAUCUGAAAUUGCACGAGCUAGGGACAAACUGCGGGAGAGAGCUGAGCAAGAAAAAAGGCGUAUACGGGAGCAAAUAUUUUCUCAGUUACAGAAGGAAGAAGCAAGGCUGAAGACUCUUGCAAGUACAAGCACUUUAUGUACAGACUCCAGCCUCAGCCUCUCCUCGGGCCCAACAUCUGGCUACAACAGCAGUAAUACUGCUCCGUGCACUGCCAGUAACCUCAGCAGCCAGGAGGGACAGAUUUCUUCUGGAAAUGCUUUGCUUUCAAGAGAUACACGAGGUCGUUCAGCUCUUAGAAACAGUCAGCUUUAUGUGCUAGAGCAACUACAGAAGGAUACAACAUUUGAAGCCAGCAGAAUUGAGCCACCCCUUCCUUCCAGUAGCAUCAGCUGUAGGUUCACUCAUGGAUUAACUAUUUCAGUCAGCUCCUCUUCAACAGAAGGAUACCAAGAUUUAUCCAAACAUAUCUUGGCCAACGCUACCACUGAGGUAAUGGCAGCAUGCUCUCAUAACCUGAGGAAUCUCUACACGUGCCAAGCAGCAGCUGGGUGGAAAUAUCAAUGUACAGAAAAAGAGGUGCUGGUUUACUACAAAGUCUUCCCUUCAGCAACAAGGCACGGGUUUCUGGGAGCAGGAGUGAUAGAAAGACCUCUUCCCUGUGUGUGGGGACUGGUGAGAGAUCCUGGCAAAAGGCAUCUGUACGACAGAACUAUCAACACAGCUCGAGUACACAAGAAGGUAACCAGCCACAUUCAGCUGGUCUACUUAGUGACCGAUACCUCCCUGUGCUACCUAAAGCAACCCCGGGAUUUCUGCUGCAUUACUGUAGAAGCCAAAGAGGAAAACUUGUCUGUCCUGGCUGUUCAGUCUGUCUACGAUGCAUCCAUGCCUCACCCCUGUAAGGAAGUGGUGAGAGGGGAGAUUUUGCCAAGUGCUUGGAUACUAGAACCUGAUGUAGUGAACGGAAGAGAUAUCACCAGAGUUAUUUACAUGGCACAGGUGGAUCUUGGUGCCCCAGCUAUCCCUGCAAGGCUCCUGAGUUCCAUUGCUAAGCGACAGCCUCUGGUGAUUGCUCGACUGGCACACUUUCUUGCUAGUUAG